CGGCCCCGCCCCUAUAUUAGGGGUGGCCGCAGGGUAGGUCGCGGAGUGGGUUUGUUGCGUUUGUUUGAGCUGCUUUGUGGAGCCGGUACUAUGGCAGACCAGUCUUUUGUGACUCUAGCCACAAAUGAUUCCUAUGUGAAAGGAGCACUUGUACUUGGUUCAUCCUUGCAACAGUCUGGAACAACGAGGAAGCUGACUGCACUCAUAACUCCUCAGGUUUCUGAUCCAAUGAGGAACAUACUACAGAAAGUAUUUGAUGAAGUCAUUUUGGUAGACAUCCUGGAUAGCGGGGACUCAGCACAUUUAGCAUUACUGAGAAGACCUGAGCUGGGUAUCACAUUAACUAAGCUUCACUGCUGGGAACUGACACAGUUUUCAAAAUGUGUUUUCAUGGAUGCAGACACAAUGGUUUUGUCAAAUAUCGAUGAGCUUUUUGAGAGAGAAGAGUUGUCUGCAGCACCAGAUCCAGGCUGGCCUGAUUGUUUUAAUUCUGGAGUUUUUGUUUACCGACCUUCCAUUGAAACAUACAAUCAGCUGUUACAGUUUGCCACAGAGAAAGGCAGCUUUGAUGGUGCAGACCAGGGGUUAUUAAACACCUUCUUCAGCAGCUGGGCAACAACAGAUAUGAACAAACAUCUACCAUUUAUUUAUAAUUUGAGCAGCACUUCUGUAUACUCUUACCUUCCAGCAUUUAAAGCAUUUGGUUCAAGUACUAAAGUGGUGCAUUUUCUGGGAAGCACAAAGCCAUGGAACUAUACGUAUGACUCCAGAACAAAAAGUGUAGAAGGCAAUAUCAAUGACCCUAAAAUUGUUCACCCAGAAUUCCUCAACAUGUGGUGGGAUACCUAUACAGUUAAUGUUUUACCCUUACUAGAACAGAAAGAAGUUGAUGAAGAAAAUACCACAAGUGCAAACCUGGCAGAGGUUACAGAGGCAGUGUCCCAUAUGUCGGUAUCGGCACCACCACCACCAGGAUUACCAACCAUAUCUUCAGAAGAACGCAAGGCUCGGUGGGAACAAGGCCAAGCUGACUAUAUGGGAGUGGAUUCUUUUGAUAACAUCAAGAAGAAACUGGACUCCUACCUUCAGUAGAAGUGCCAUUUUCAAACACUGGCACUACAAGGACUUGUUCCAGAACUAACAGCUAGGAAAGGCUGUAGAUGAUGGACAAUUAUGCUUGCGAGUAGCUUGAUGGAAAAAAUUCUUGGCUGAAGGCCUCUGCAGUGCUACAG